CUCUUAGAGACAGUGCGGUGCUCUGACAGAGGCCCUUGGAGUCGCAUCUAUGCGAGGAAUUACAGUAACCCGGUAGUCAGUGAUGAGUCAGAGUGCGUGGUGCUGAUGCUGCUGCCAUUUCAUCACCUCUGAGCGCUGCAUCCAUCCCUCUGCUCUCGCGGUGCCUGGGCCUACCUCGCCUUGGGCUCCUUGGCCAGCGAUGUGAUUUCGACCGAGCUAGAUCUCUGAGGGACGUUUCCUCCUGCUGCCCCUGGCCCAGGUGAAGGAAACCUGUCGAGCUGCGGCCAUGGAGGCCAUCUGGCUGUACCAGUUCCGGCUCAUUGUCAUCGGGGAUUCCACUGUAGGCAAGUCUUGCCUGAUCCGCCGCUUCACUGAAGGCCGCUUUGCCCAGGUUUCGGACCCCACUGUGGGGGUGGAUUUCUUCUCCCGCCUGGUGGAGAUCGAGCCCGGGAAACGCAUCAAGCUCCAGAUCUGGGAUACUGCGGGUCAGGAGCGGUUCAGAUCCAUCACUCGGGCCUACUACAGGAACUCAGUAGGUGGUCUUCUUUUAUUUGACAUUACCAACCGCAGGUCCUUCCAGAAUGUCAAUGAAUGGUUAGAAGAGACCAAAGUACAUGUUCAGCCCUACCAAAUUGUAUUUGUUCUGGUGGGUCAUAAGUGUGACCUGGAUACACAGAGGCAAGUGACUCGACAUGAGGCAGAGAAACUGGCUGCUGCAUAUGGUAUGAAGUAUAUUGAAACAUCAGCCCGAGAUGCCAUUAAUGUGGAAAAGGCCUUCACAGACCUGACAAGAGACAUAUAUGAGCUGGUGAAAAGGGGGGAUAUUACAAUCCAGGAGGGCUGGGAAGGGGUGAAGAGUGGAUUUGUACCAAAUGUAGUUCACUCUUCAGAAGAGGUUGUCAAAUCAGAGAGGAGGUGUUUGUGUUAGUCAGGCCUCUGAAUUGCAAAACAUACUUUCCAACCUGAACUUAAAAGCGAUGAAAGCAAAUAGAAUUCCUGUGU